CGCCUGGCGCAUGCGCGGCAGCGGAUGAAGGCUGUCCCCGAGCGAUGGGAACCGGCGCCUGUUUCCUUUCUUCCAGCUGAUUCCAAAGAGAUCAUGCCAAUGAACCGCAUAGCUCUCAGUUUCACAAAUAAAACAAUACUGGCGCCAAUGGUUCGGGUUGGGACCCUGCCGAUGAGACUACUGGCUUUGGAUUAUGGUGCCGAUAUUGUAUAUUGUGAGGAGCUGAUUGACAUAAAGAUGCUUCAGUGCAAAAGAGUUGUAAAUGAAAUCCUCGGAACUGUGGACUUUGUUGCCCCCAAUGAGAGAGUGGUGUUCCGGACGUGUGAAAGAGAAAAAGACCGUGUUGUCUUUCAAAUGGGCACAGCUGAUGCUGAGAGAGCCUUGGCGGUAGCCAAACUUGUAGAGGAUGAUGUUGCUGGCAUUGAUGUCAACAUGGGAUGCCCCAAAGAAUAUUCCACAAAGGGAGGAAUGGGAGCAGCCCUCUUGUCUGAUCCGGACAGAAUAGAAUCUAUUCUGACUACGCUCAUCAAUGGUGUAUCUAAGCCAGUCACCUGCAAAAUCCGAAUUUUGUCAUCGGAUGAAGAAACGCUAAGAUUGGUAAAGAGGAUAGAGCAGGCUGGAGUUGCUGCAAUUGCCGUUCAUGGAAGGAAGAAAGAAGAGAGGCCUCAGCACCCUGUCCACUGCGACGUGAUCAAAGCCAUCUCCGAGGCAGUUUCUAUCCCAGUAAUAGCCAAUGGAGGAUCUCAUGAUUUCGUCAAAGCGUAUUCUGACCUUCGGAUCUUCCAGGAGGCAACCUCGGCAUCUUCCGUAAUGGUGGCCCGGGCUGCCAUGUGGAACCCCUCUGUCUUCAGGAAGGAAGGACUUUUGCCCCUGAAGGACGUCAUGCAGGAAUAUAUCAAAUACGCAGUGAGAUACGAUAAUCAUUAUACCAAUACAAAGUAUUGCUUGUGCCAGAUGUUAAGGGAGCAAUUAGAAAACGCACAAGGAAAGAAGCUUCACGCUGCACAGUCUUUACAGGAAAUCUGUGAAGUUUUCGAUAUGAGUAGUUUCUUCCAAGAAGCAUCUGAUUUACUGGAGAAGAAAAAAGUUUCGCUACAAGUCAAGAGCCCAAAUAAUGAUGAUCACACUGAAGACACAGAUGUCAUCAAGAUGGCAGUUAGGUUUGAUAAACGAGAGUAUCCCCCACAAAUUACCCCCAAAAUGUAUCUUCUGGAAUGGUGCAGGAAAGAGAAGCUGAUUCAACCUGUUUAUGAAACAAUCGAAAGACCGCGGGAUCGACUGUUUGGUUCGGUUGUGACGGUUGCUGGGCAAAAAUACAGCUCAACGUUAUGCAGCCACUUAAAAGUCCCAGAUGCAAGAUCCAUGGCUCUAUGAGUAAAGUAAAAUGAAGUGAAGUAAAAGUUAAGCAUAAGAGAAACUGAAAAGUAAAGUUAAACAGUAAAUUAAAAAGUAAAGAUAAAUAAUAGAAUAGAUCUACCUAAGGAAAGAUCUGUCUACCAGAUAGAUAUCCACUCCAGACAAGAUUGAUUUAUGUCUGUUGUACUUGGGAGGUAGAGCCAAACCAUUAUAGUUUAUGUUUUAGUUUACAGAGUGGUACAAUCAAGAUCAUGUGAGGUACUAAUACCACUCUAUAAAGCCUUAAUAAGACCACACCUAGAAUAAUGCAUUUAGUUUUGGUCACCACACUAUAAAAAAGAUGUUGAGACUCUAGAAAGAGAGCAGAGAAGAGCAAACAGGAUGAUUAGGCUAAAACAUGCAAUGAACGGUUGCAGGAACUGAGCAUAAUCACUCUAGUGAAGAGAAGGACCAGGGGAGAAAGGAUAGCAACCUUCCAGUAUUUGAAGGGCUGCCACAGAGAGGAGCGGUCAAGCUAUUUUCCAAAGGCCAGACAAGAAAUAAAGGAUGGAAACUGAACAAGGAGAGAUUCAACCUGGAAAUAAGGAGGAAUUUUCUGACAGUGAGAGCAAUCAACCCAUGGAACAGAAGUUGCUUUCGGAAGUUGUGGGAGCUUCAUCCCUGGAGGCUUUCAAGAAAAGAUUGGAUUGCCAUCUGUCAAAAAUGGUGUAGAGUCUCCUGCUUGGGCAGGGAGAGGGGGGUUGGACUAGAUGACCUACAAGGUCCCUUCCAACUCUGUUAAUCUGUUAACGUCUUAAUAUGAAAUAAGACCACCUCCUCAAAUGGCUGGGUUAAGGGCAUUUAUUUUAUUCAUUUAAAACACUAAUCCAACUGCUCCCCUUAUCACCAAGCUCGGGCUCAAAAGUCAAAACAACAUGCAAAACGUCAUUCAAACUGUCACAUUGGUGGGAAUUUAAAUUUUUGUGCACUAAAAAACACAUUCGGUUUGGUGCAAAGAAUGCAAGAAUUCCAGAUGGCCAUACACAGAAGCCUUUUC